UGUGCCUGACGGCAUGCUUUGGCCAGGCCAUGAGCCCAAGCACACUGCGGGCAAAGUCCAGGGCUGUGCAGCCUCUUGUAGCCACCAAGGGAGAAGGGCAAAUUCAAAGGCUACCUGCACAGAGGCUUCAUAGCACGGCAGUGGGGUUGAGAGCUGGGAGGAGUGUACCAGUUGCCCUUGGGCAGUCCCUGCAGAGCUUGCAAAAGAGCCAGAAGCCAGCUGGGAGUGGAGCAGGGAAGGUAGUGCUGCCAGUGCUGUCUUCUCGUUGUCCCCGCGGCGAUCCCCCUACUUGGGCAUCCAAAGGCAACACCGCAGUGGUGCAAAACCCCGGCUGGCCAGGUCCCUGCCCAGGCAGAGGCCCAGUGGUGGAGGGCAGCAUGGCGAAGAGGGUGGCCAUCAUCGGAGGGGGCAGCAGCGGGCUGUGUGCCAUCAAAGCCUGCUUGCAAGAGGGGCUAGAGCCCGUCUGCUUCGAGAGGACCAGGGACAUCGGAGGGCUCUGGAGGUUUGAGGAGCACCCCGAAGAGGGACGCGCCAGCAUCUACCGCUCCGUCAUCAUCAACACCUCCAAGGAGAUGAUGUGCUUCAGUGACUUCCCCGUCCCUGAGGACUUCCCCAACUACAUGCACAACUCCAAGAUCAUGGAGUACUUCCGCAUGUACGCCCAGCACUUCGACCUGCUCCGCCACAUCCGUUUCAGGACCAACGUGUGCCGUGUGACCAAGCGCCCCGACUUUGCCGCCACGGGCCAGUGGGAGGUGGUUGCGGAGAGCGAGGGGAAGCAGGAGGUGGACGUCUUUGACGCCGUGCUGGUGUGCACCGGGCACCACACCGACGCGCACCUCCCGCUGAGCACCUUCCCAGGCAUCGAGAAGUUCAAGGGACGCUACCUCCACAGCCGAGACUACAAGGAUCCCCAGGAUUUCACGGGCAAGAGGGUCGUUGUCAUCGGGAUUGGGAAUUCAGGGUUGGACCUGGCCGUGGAGAUCAGCCAAACGGCCAAGCAGGUGUUCCUUAGCACCCGCCGCGGCGCAUGGAUCCUCAACCGUGUUGGAGAUCAGGGCUACCCCAUCGACACCAUCCUCACCACCCGCAUGAAGGUGUUCCUGCAGAUGCUGCUGGGCCUUUCCAUGGCGAGCGACUAUGCAGAGAAGCAGAUGAGCGCGAGGUUUGACCACUCGCACUACGGCCUGAAGCCAAAGCACAGGAUCCUUGACCAGCACCCAAGCAUCAAUGACGACCUGCCCAACCGCAUCAUUUCGGGCAAGGUGCUGGUGAAGCCAAACAUCCGGGAGUUCACGGAGACGUCUGCCAUCUUUGAUGACGGCACCAGGGAAGAGAUUGAUGCUGUGGUCUUUGCCACAGGAUACAGCUUCUCUUUCCCCUUCCUCGAGGGCUACGUGAAGGUGGUGGAGAACCAGAUCCCCCUCUACAAAUUCAUGUUUCCCCCUGACCUGGAGAAGCCAACGCUGGCUUUCAUUGGCCUCGUCCAGCCCCUGGGCGCCAUCAUGCCCAUCUCUGAGCUCCAGUGUCGCUGGGCCACCCGCGUCUUCAAGGGGUUGAACAAGCUGCCCUCACGGCAUGACAUGGAGGCUGACAUCAAGCAUAAAAGAGAAGCGAUGGCAAAGAGGUACGUGAAGAGCCAGCGGCACACCAUCCAGGUGGAUUACAUCCCCUACAUGGACGAGCUCGCCUGCCAGGUGGGGGUCAAGCCCAACCUGCUCGCCCUCUUCCUCACCGACCCCAAGCUGGCGCUGGAGGUGCUCUUCGGGCCCUGCACGCCAUACCAGUACCGCCUGCGGGGCCCGGGCAUGUGGCCGGGUGCCAGGGAGGCGAUCCUCAACCAGCAGCACCGCAUCAUCAAGCCCCUGCAGACACGGCAUGUGGAGGAGCAUCCCUCGACCACCACCCUGCCCCUCAUCUUCAAGCUGGUCGGGGCCGUGGCUGUCCUCGCCCUCGUUUUUGCUUACUUGUAGGUGCCUACCCUUGCUGGGCUGCCCAGAGGGAAGGGAGGCUUUGCAGUGUGCCAGUGGGGCUGGACAGCCAACCCCCGUCCCACGGCACCCUGAGCAGCCCAAUGCUGGCAGGAGCCCUUGUCCUGCCUGGCACAGCCCCGCUGUGGCCAUGCCGCAAGCUGGCGGUGCAUGGAGCCUCCCUGGCUGCCAAAAUAACACCUUGGCGCCCACUCUGCGCCUCCUCCGGGGAGCCACCCUGGACAUGGAGAAGGAAACCUGCUCACACGAAGGGUAAAAUCCAGUCCCUCAUGGCCAGCACUUCUUACCCAGCGGGGAUGCCCCUAUAUUCUGGCACCAUAACCCAGCUGAGCCACCACUGGCUACGCUCACACAAGGGCUAAGCAGAAAAGGCACAACAGACCUCCUAAAUGGAUAAAAGUGUGUUAAACAGA